AUGGGCAAUAUGUGGUCCAUGCUGAUGACUGUAGGGCUCUUUCAUCUCCUCGCCCCCCUGCCAGUCAUGGGAGUGAACCAGGCGACGUUUUACAAGGGGGGUGUGGACGAGAUCAUUCGGGAUCCAAUCGCUCGAGUGGAUUUCACUCAGGAGGGAUCAGUCGCCGAUUCUCAACGAGAAUUGCGAGGGUUUCUCAAUCUCGCCAUCGACCGACGGCUUCACGUGUCUUCUGGCAUCCUUCGGGUUCAGCACCGUGCCACAAGUCGGAGGAGUCAUAUGGACCAAGUCACAUCAGACCUCGACAACGACAGCCACGUCUACAGUCACGAGACCCGAAAAUUCUCAACAGUGAAACCGCCCGACGGAUGGCCGUGCGCCGACGGUCCCCAAUGCGAAUUCUUCGCCUCCGACUACGAACUGGCCCAGAAGAGAGUCCACAUGGCAUAUUCCACACGCACCCUUCAAUGGAUCCGCUACUCCCACUUCAACCUCACUUCCCCACCAGCUCUCAGUUACUUAAUUGGGAGUAGUCCGGCAUUCGUGCGUGUGAAUUCCAGUUCUGCCAGAGCCUCGUGGCUGAGUUGUCAAACGGUGACCGCAUUCUGCGUCAUGUCCUUCCGAUUUAAUUUGAGGACGGGACUGGUGAGCAGGGUCUUCGUGAAGGUCAAAGGCACUGUGUACACUCCGUCGACGUUUGCCGCGGCCGUGGCAUACCCAUGGAUCAUAAUUCAGACAGGUUUAACUAUGCAGGAGGUCAUCGGUUUCCAGGGAACUCAAUCAGUUGUCGUAAAUUUUUCGCUCAACAUGAAUGGAAUCGAUUCAGCAAUGAUCCUACCAGAAUACGAGAGCGACACGGACCUGCCAUUCGAGAUCGAAAUUCAACUGGAGUAUGCGAGCUCCAUCAUGCGUAUGCGUUAUCAUAACCGAUUGGGACUUAUGGGCCACCCUGUACACUGGAAGUUCCCCGGUCAGCGCCUCAAGCUGACCGACCAGGACGGACUGGCGAGGUCAGGCUACUUCUUCGAGUUGGAGCAGCAGAGGGAUGAUGAGGCAAAGGCAACAUGGGACUGUUCCAUAAUGAGACAGGGUGGAGAAUACAUUUUGAAAUACUUUCGGGUUCAGCACCGUGCCACAAGUCGGAGGAGUCAUAUGGACCAAGUCACAUCAGACCUCGACAACGACAGCCACGUCUACAGGUAG